UUUUUCUCACUUUCGUUGCUUUGUUUUCUUGGUGAUCUGCAUUUUUUUGAUUGAGUCUGGUUUUGAAGCUGGUUUUAGCUUUGAUUUGCCUCUAUCUGAUGAACUUGGGGCUCUUUGAUCCUUCAGUAAUUCUGUUUUUCCUUUUAAAAUGGAGUAUAUAAAUGGAGAAUUUUUUGGUUUGUUUCAGUUAAAAUUUCAAGUUUUAUAGUGAUUUCAUAGUGGAACUUCAUUUCCCCCAUUAUACAGAUUUCAAUAUUUGGGAAACUUUUUGUUCCAUGUCCUCCUCUAAUGAUAAAAAACAAAAGUGAGGAAAAAAAACUGUAAUUUUGAAGCUUCAGUCUUGAUGUUCUAUGCCUUUUGGGUUCUCAUGGGGGGUGGCUUUAAUUAGUUUAUUCUCUUGAGACAUUAUCUCAGAAAUCAAACAAGUCUGAAAUUGGGAAAAAAAAUGAAAGCAUGUUUACAUGCUGCAUCAGGAAAAAGGAAAGAAAACAAAGAAAAGUUAGAAUAUAAUUGGAAAAUGAUUUCCAUGUCACGACUUCCGUGUUCUUGAAGAUUUCCUCCAUUUUCUUUUAACUUUUUGGUGUGAACUGGUUUUUGGGUCACUUUUUAAGCCACUUAUGCAUACAGAUUAAAAUAGAAAAAAAGCCACUAAUUAUUGUUCUUUGGUUUUGGAUUUCUUUUUAGUGUUAAAAAAAUUUUGGGAAGUACAAGAGGUUUAUUUAUUUUAUCUUUAUUUUAGUUGAUGUCAAAAGUAAAAAAUUUUAGUUAUGGGAAGAGUAAGAGAAAAAAAAAAAAAUGGCUCCUCGUACAUGGUGUUGUGGAUCCUUUCUUAGUGUAAUAAGGGUUAGUUUUUAUAAAUAUUUAUCCAAUUACACAAAGAAACAUGAUUUUUUUUUUAUAAAGAAGGGUUUUGUAUUUGAUUAUUAGUGUGUGUGAUUGCUAGUAGUAAUUUGUUUGUCUUAAACUAUGAACUAUUUCUGUGUUCAUACUGAAGCAUAGAAAGAAGCAUCAUCAGAAAUUUAUCAUUUCCUUUGGCUCUAAUCAUCUUGGUGUCAAUCCUACAAGCAACUACCAGAGUUUGGUAUUGUAUAGCACAACCAUGAUCAAGAUUUCCACAAUAUCCGAGUAUGACCUUGGAGGAGAAGGUGAUCUGUUCAAAGCUCCAGAGCCAAUCAUUGAAGAACCAAAUCUGGGGCUUGAUCCCAUGUCUGCUGCCAUCUCAUUAAUCUCAUGUGGUGAAGAUGUCAUUACUUCCCAAGGACUUAAGGCUGCUGAUAUUGAAUCAAUCCAAAAUGAGCAACUUUUAGAGGUUCUCUAUGAGUGUGAAAAGGAUAUGAUGGCAAAAGCAGCUAUGGAAACACCACUGUCCGAGGUCCUUGAUAUCAAGAUUCCUGUUGUGAAGAUCAAUGAAAACCAACAUCUUGAAAACAAAGUGCUCUCUGAUAUCCCAUUUCAGAAAAGUGUCAGCUCGAGUUGCUUAAGGUCAAUGGAGUGGUCGCAAGGAGCUGUAAUCAAGCCUAAGUUUCUGGAUUUUCCUGGAAUGGAUUUUGGUUCUGUUUAUGUAAUGAGGAGAGCUUUUAGUGAAGGAGAUAUACAGACUCUUGGCAAUGGGAAUGGGAGCGUCAUCUGUUCUCCUCUUGAGCGACCAAUAAUGAUCAGCUGCUGUUCUACUGAUGAUCGAAGGGAAAAGCUUUCCAGAUACAGGGAUAAGAAGACCAAGAGGAACUUUGGAAGGAAAAUCAAGGUCUUUCAAUUUCCAUGCAUUUUACAAUCAAACAAUACGCUUGCAGGAAGGCUCUUGCUGACAGUCAACCAAGGAUCCGUGGAAGGUUUGCAAAGACUGAAGAAUCUGACAACUCCAAGAGGCAGUAAUUGUUGACUAAUUCAAAAGUAAAACAGGAAUGAAGUAGCUAGACCCUAGAGGUGAUGGAUAAUAUAUUUAUGUAUAUAAUCUCAGUAGUGUCAACUUGGCGCACUCACACACAUAUUUAUAUAUAUAUAUAUAUAACCUUUGUGGAAAUCUUAUACAGAGUUGAUGCUAAAUAAACCAGAACGUAGAUCCUGAGAAAUAAUUCUAUCUUAUUUGCUGUAAUAACCUCCUCUCCUCUCCAAGUAGGAUGUACAUAGUGUUUGUUCAAUAAAAUGAUGGCAAAGCAGAAAUUUGCACUUGUUCA